CGCUCGCAAAGUACAAGUUUAGAUCUGCUGCUCUGGGCGAUACUUAUACUCAAUUCAAUCUCUUCCUCCCCGCCAAUGCGGCUCAGGGGAAGGUCCCUGUACUUGUCUAUCUUGCAGGACUCACCUGCACGGAGGAUAAUGGGUGCGUGUUAAACGCCCUUCCGUUGACUCCACAAACUCACAUGAUGAAACACGGCCCACACUGCACAGGGCCCAAAAAGGCGGUUUCAUGCGCGAUGCAGCAGCUCAGGGUAUCGCACUGCUCUUCCCUGACACCUCCCCGCGUGGUGCAGGUAUCGAUGGUGAAGAUGUAGAUUGGGAUUUUGGCAGUGGCGCUGGGUUUUACCUGAACGCAACGAAUCCCAAGUGGUCCAAGCAUUAUAAUAUGUUCAGCCAUGUCACUCAAGAGCUCCCUCAGGUGCUUGAAAAAGCAGGCUUGCCUCUCGACUUCACACGCCAGUCAAUUUUCGGACACUCGAUGGGCGGACACGGGGCGCUGACUGUGUACCUUGCGUCACUGUUAUCGGGGAUGAAGCAAUAUCGUAGUGCAUCUGCGUUCUCACCCAUCUGCGAGCCAUCCGAGGUGCCAUGGGGCACGAAGGCAUUCUCGGGGUACCUUGCGGGCGGUGUUGCGGAGGGGAAAGACCGAUAUGAUGCAACAGCGAUGAUCGGGAAGGUGAAGGGAGCGGUGAAUAUACUUGUGGAUUAUGGUACCGCGGAUAAUUUCCUGUACCAACUGCAUCCGGACAAGUUCCUCGAGGCUGCGCGUGUGGCUGGGCAUGAUGAGGUACAGGUACGAGUAAGGAAACAGGAAGGGUAUGAUCAUAGCUACUACUUCAUAUCGACAUUUGCAUCAGACCAUAUUCAUUUCCAUGCUAACUUCCUGAAAGCGUAGGAUGAAUAAAGUAAGAAGCUGACCUUUUUGUAUGAAUGGAGAUACGUUAGCUGGGCGUUAAGUCUUGCAAUGGACUAUGCAGUGAGAAUUGGAUUGACCUAUCUGCCGAAGACGGCUGAGUGUGGGGAAAAAGUGAGACGGGUUUCCUGUUUGAUUACCAAAGGAGAGGUUACUUUGAGAGCCGCCGCAUAACUAGACAGCGUUCGUUGCGAGGGAGACCGGAGAUUGUUGAAUGAUGUUCAUGAUGUUCAGAUUUUAUUAGCUGUUGGUUAAGAGACUAGCUGAGUACUUGGAUGAAAAGCAAAUAGUUGUAAACCUAAUACAGAAACUGAGUACUGUGCUUAUACCAUC